AUGUACAACACGGCUUCGCUGGCCCGCACCUUUGCCUAUGUAGGGAACCCACCGCAACAAAGCAGUCACGAAUCUGUGAUGAACAUCAUCGUCGACGACCGCGACCCGUCCAUCAGGUAUAGCUCGGGGUGGAUUACUACGGAUAGCGAUGGAAAGCAGCGAGGUCAAGCGCAGGAGUUCCAGCAAACCACUUCGCAGUCUAAAGUACAAGGCUCGACUGCUUCAUUUACUUUCAGUGGGACUCAAAUUACCGUCUUUGGAACGCUCAGCAGUCAAAAUCAAGCCCUUUUAGAGCUCACCAUCGACGGGAAAGAGGCACCUAUAUCGUUGCCCAGCGCACCAAAUCCCCCGUUUCACCGGCCGGCUUUCGACUCAGGUCCGUUAUCCGACGGUGAACAUACGCUCGUAAUGAAGGACAACACCCCAGGCCCAAGCCCCUUCUUCUUCGACUACCUUAUGUACAAUACAAGCAGCCGGGGGUCGGGGCAGACGGUGCUUAUCGACGAUCAAGAUCCAGGACCUGCCGUAUUUUUUCCGGGUCCAUGGCAGCAAAACAACUCGUUCGACUUCAUGCAGCACACUUACCACUAUGUCGGGCAAAAGGGAGGUUCGGCCACUGUUACCUAUAAUUUCCAAGACGGCGACACACUCUCCCUCUUUGGAGCGCUCACCUCUGCCGACCCACAGCUCUCCUCCGACUCACCACUCUCUGCCACAGUUUUGAUAGAUGGCAGCAACCCCAUCGCAUUGCCAUCGCAAUAUCCACCAUCUUCUGGUCAAACGAUAUUCAACCAGAAGCUAUUCAGCUCAUCGCCGUUGUCCGCUGGCUCACACACAUUUCAAUUCUCGUACAACUCGGGCACCCCGCUUGGGGUAGACUAUUUUCUCAUUGGACCCGGCUCUGCCAGUGGCUCUUCUGGUGGUUCCUCUGGUAACGGAGCUGGCACCGCGAGCUCCCAGCUCAGCCCAGACGCGAGUGGAUCGAUUCAUACUAGCGUUGUCCAAACCGCGUCAGCUUCCUCUUCCACUUCUGAUGGGUUACCAACGCCAGGCCCCACGAGCGCCACAGACAGCCACGCGCCAUCGCAUGCCGGCCUCAUUGCUGGCGUGGUAUGUGGCUUGUUCUUCCUUCUUCUAGGGUUUCUACUGGUCUUGUACUUCUUACGGCAACGAAGACGCCGGAAAGAUGUGGCGGCUAUUGAAGUUGACAUCGAAUCGUCCGCCGUUACUCCCUUUCCGUUGUCGAAACGCGCGUUGGCCGAACGCUGGGAAGCGCAGACGGAAACGGUGUCUCUAGCUGCCGACGCCCCCGCUGAGCGAGAUCCGGAAUCCGGACCGCCAACGUCGAACCAAAUGCUGCUAUCUGCGUUUGCCGUGCAGGUUCCGACAGCGGAGCUGGUCCGUAUACUGAACGACCGGCUGCAGAGUGAUGCGGUGUUUGACGCGGAGGAGGAGCCUCCGAGUUAUCCGCCGACGGAGGCUGGGAGUCGGGUUAGCAGAUAG